AUGCCAAAGCGCAAAUUAGAUGCAGAUGCCCCGCUGAAGGAGCAAUUUCAAGCACUGCGGCAAGUGGCUUCCUUAAAUCACAGACAAUGCCGAUCAGUAAUGGAACUCUUAAAUGUCGAUAAAGGCGACACAGGGAAGAGAAGCUGCAGCCGGAAGGAACAGUUGUAUCCUGAUGCUGCAAGAGCUCUGCGUAACGUCACCGUGUGUGGCGAGAAUACGGAAUUGACCUUGCUCCUUUUUUCAGUGGUCGAAUGCACGCAGAAUAAAUUAGAUAGCUGCCCCUUCUUUCAUGACUGCUUGGCUGAAGUGGUGCAAGCUCACAAUUAUGAAUUGGAAUUAUUAGUGUUUUGGGACGAAAUAGUUCCGGGUAAUGUGCUGGCUCCUGACUUGAGGAGAAAAGCAGCAGCAACCUACUUUGCCUAUGCCGACGUGGCCGCUCUAUGGGCAGAUACAUCUUGGAUGACGUUAUCUCUGACACGAAGCCAAGAACUGCAAGGCAUGCCACAGGGAUAUGCGCGCAGCAUGUCCGCCAUUUUGGAGGCGGUGUGGGAGGAAACAAAAGCAGGGUUCAUGCUGGAGUUUCGAACGGGCCCUUGUCUUGCGCAUAUUCGCAAAAUUUCCUUGCUGGCAGAUGCGGACGGCCUGCGUUUGCUGUUAGGAGCGAAAGGUGCUAGCGGAUUGAAACCUUGUUUCCGCUGCACCAACGUUGUGGGAGGAGACCACACAAACCUUGGAAAUCACCAACAUAUCAGCUCUGCUGCAGUCGAAAAGUGGGAGGCAGCAACGACGCAGGGUCUGAAUGACAUUGUUGACUAUUUACAAAAUCUGCCAAACAAGACUGCUGUAGAAAAGGCAGAAACCCUGCUCGGUUGGAAUAGCAAAGCUUUGUCAGCAAGCUUUUUGCUCAAUCCCGCAUUGAAAGACAUCGUUAAUCUGGACGAUUGUCUAUAUGAUCCAAUGCAUUGUUUCGUAUCCAAUGGGAUUGUGUGUCAAGAAUUAGGGCUCUGGCAUUCAGCUCUUGCUGGCAAGACCAACAUAAGGUUGAAUCAUCUUUUGUCAUAUGCCAAAACUUGCUGGAAAGAUUGCCCGCCCAAUCUCAGAGACAUGGGCAAACUCUUCAGCGCAAAGCUGUGGGUCGAUGGCAAAGAUUUCCGUGGAGAUGCAUCGGAAACCUUAGAUGUGUUGCCCUUGUGUGUGGCCUUCAGUCAUGAACUGGUUUUGCCGACAUAUCCUGAGAUGACCGACGAAAUCCAAAGUUUGACUUCUUUGGCCGCAGUCAUUGCUACGUGGCUGCGUGCCAAACGUGACAAUGCUGUGGCAAUGGUGCCUCGCAUGCGGCAGGAACAGAAGGAACACGUCCUUUCCUUUGUCAAAUGCUAUGGAGUGAACUUGGUGCGUCCCAAGUUACACUACUCCCUCCACCUGCCAGACCAAUGGUUGAGAGCGCAAAAAACAUUUGAUGCAUUUCCCACGGAACGAAAGCAUCAAUACUACAAAUCGCGAAUUGCGCCGCGUUUGAAACAGCUGAGCACACUCAAUGCGGUGGCUCUCUUGGAGCUAGGAGAAAAUGAUUUGAAAAUAACUGAGCACGACAAAACGCUGUCAACUCAGCUGUUGCGUGGGAAUGCCACUUGUUUGUGCGAACCUCUCCAAAAACAAAUGGAAGCAAAAAACUGGAAAAUUACUAAACAACUGCAGCACAAAGCAGUCGUUCAUGGACAAGGACAAUACAAAAUUCUGCCUGAUGGAACGGCACUUGAAAUUGUGGGCGCAGCAGAAAGAAAGAAAGCCUUCUUUUUGCUUGGGAAACAGCUGCAAAAAGAAGAAGAAAUAGCACCCACCUUUACACGCUGGUCUCGCUUGAUCACCCUGACUAAGAUUACCCUGCUGCCAGUUGAAGAUUUGCCGCGCUGUGACAAUGCCGCGCUACACCGCGUCGAGCCUUCGUGCAAAGUGCAUCCAUUCCAUGGGCGACUUUCUCGCUUCACACUGUUGACAAUUGGUUGGCAGAGCACCUCCCACGACCGUGCACACGAGACGCAGGAGCUCUUACAGCCUUGCCGUUCCCAAGACGGUCUUCCCUCACGGCCCGCCAGCGCCCAUGCCAUCCUCGGCACACCGGCCUCAGCGCUGAACACGGCGUUUGAACUCUUGGACCAAGGAAGGACUGGCGUUACCUAUUCCAAAGUUCAAGGACUGUUAGCACCCCCAUCACAAAAGGACUCAGUUUUGCCUCGGCGUUCGGAUCGCGCUGGUACCAACUCUGGUUGUGUUCUGGGUGCCUUGCGUUCACAACCGCGAAAUCCGAGGCAGAAGGUUGCUUUGCUGGGGGGACACUGUGCCAACAGUGGAGCUGUUGUUCAACCACCCUUGGGUGCAACUAUGGGUCAUGGCCUUCUUCCAAGCAGUGAAGCCAACCUGCGCGAAGCCGCCAAGAAGGGCGAGUUCUACUAUCCGGCCACUCCUUCGAGGGCUGAGAGGCCACGAGCGAGUAGUGCCAGCUUGAGCAGGACUCGAUCACACGUCUUGGAGCGCCCAAAGUCCACAAAGACGGCCUGGAGGUAG